UCUCCCUGCGACACAUCAGCACUUGGCACAGAGGAGGCUCCAUACCACGCUUCACAAAUCCACAAUCCAAGCCUUUAAUCCCAAGUUAUAGCAGACUGAAAAGGGGAGGGCAGUUAUCUAACUCUCUCAGCACCCCCAUGUGUCUGCUUGGAUCAUGGAGCUGCACUGCCUUCCCACUGAUACCCCCACCACAGCCAGCUCCUGCUCCACGGAUCCCCCGUACGACAACUGCCCACCUUUUGGCCAGCGAGAGAGAGCCAGGGAGAAGGAAAUGGAGAGUGGAGUUGUGUGCCCUGCUGUAACCAGACUCCCAGGCCCCCAGAGCCCACUGCCUGGUCUGGCCCCAGCUGUGGCUGAGGUUCAGACAGUGGUCGGUGGGGGAAGAGGGCCUGGCAUUUGGCCAGCUCACAGCUACUGCAACUGUAAAGAAGGCCUGGGAAGACAGGCCUGGGAAGCAGAGCUAAGCAGAGGCAUAAACACAGCAAGAGGAGGAGACAGAGGAGGAGAACAGGGGUGUAGCUGGGGAGUUCAUGUGAACCAAAGCCCAAGCCCAUCACAGAGUGAGGAGCACCGGAGCGCUCUGUCUCUGUAUGAUAAUCUCCCUGAUGCUGAAACAUCCAACAGCCUCCAGGACUUUGACACAGAAACAAGCCUCCAGGAACACUUGCAGGAGCAGAUGCACCAAGCUGUAGCAUCCAAACAAAUCCAGGGACUGGUGGAGGACGACCGUGUGACUGAAAAGAUGCUCAGUAAAAGAUGUUCUAGCAACCAGGACCAGAAACCAGACCAAGACGAGGAGCAUGAACAGGAGCCAGAGCUGGACUCAGGAUCCUGUAGAUUAACAGAAGGGGACCUGAUGCAGCAUCACCACCUCCCUAUGUUGCUUCCUCAACAUCUUACACAAAAUUCCGCUCAGAUGUGUCAAACCAAGUGUCACGACCCACCGCUGUGGCCUCCGGCUGAUGUCAAACAGCCAAAACAGACAUCGUCUCCCAGAGUGCCCCCUCCAUUACCCCUGGCAGACCCCUCUGCCAGUGCUCUACGCAGCCUCCUCACCAGCCUGCAGCACCAGAUAAUGAAGCAGAGAGAGGAAUAUGAAGCACGGAUAAUCAGUCUGGAGCAGAGAAAUGAAGAGCUACAGGUGGAGGUAGUUUGUCUGAAAACAAACCUCGCACAGCAGCGGCACUGGUACCAGGUUGUGCAGGCGAAGAUCGUGGAAUCUGAACGGGCACGGGCUGCCGCGGAAGCACAUAAUACCACGAUGCAGAGAGAGAUGGAGCAGUUUUUUGACAUCUUUGGAGAGCUCAACAACGAGGAAAAGAAAACAGAACACAUUGUGAAGAGCUUUUGAGAAAGGUUAUGAUACGAGCAGUGUGUGCAAAGAGUAGGAAAUAAAUGCACAAGAUGAGCUGGUCAUUACACUCUAACGAGGGUCUUUUAUCACUAUGUCACUAAUAAAGCAAUGUACAGUCAUUUCCUCAUGAAGAAUCUGAGAAUUGCACAAAACGGCACCAAAGAAAGAAAAAUAAUCACUGAUGUCCACUUUAUUAGCUGAGUAUGGGCAAAAGAUGUUGGCCAAAUGGUAAUAUUGUGGUCAUUGCAAUCACAGAGGACAUCUCUGGAAAUAAAAGGAGGAACAAACUGAGAUGUACAGUGUAUACAAUGGAGUAUUUUCUUUUAAAAACAUAGUAAACACAUGAGAUAACCUGAGCAACGUGAUGCUCAGUCCUUAUCUGCUAAGAUUUGGAGAGUUGGAUGGCCACUCCUCAGGUCAUUUAAGGCAUGACUGAAAGAAUAAGGUCAUGGUUGUGUACAACAUAGUGCAUUAGUCCUCGGUGACUCCGUAGUGUCUUCUUUCUGCAUGUCCAUCACAUGUGCAAUCAAGUUAUGCAUAAAAAAAGAAAAAAAGAGGGGCAGCUGCACAGUCCAUUUUCAAGGUUUAUCUUUGAGUUUCAGAUUCUGAUUCAGGACAACACAGUCUCAUCCACGCUUAAACCACACCAUGUCUGCUUUCUCUCUGGGAACUUUUAAAAAACCUGAACAGCUGGGUCAGAUUAUUCAAAAAUAAGGACGAGCGCUGCACAGCAUGUUCUCAUAAAACAUACAACACACAUUUAAGGCCAAAAAAAACAACAAAAAACAAACCCUCGAAAAACUACAACAGCUCCCCAACUCCAAAAGCUUUCUGAAUUAAUAACGGAAACAUACUGUGAGUGAAAGAAUGCACUUGAAUGCAAUUCUUUGUAUCGCAAGAACUACAGUUUCUUACAGGUGUGAAGCCUUCAUGCAGGUUAAAACGUGUCGUCUGGUUUCAUGAUUCAUUGUGUAACUUUUCCAGCACUAAUGGAAUGGUUUAAAAAAAAGAAAAAAAGAAAAAAGGGAGCAGCCCACACGUUUUUCAAUGAAAUGUUUUGACAAGAGGCUUAAUUCCCACGGGCGUCACUGUAAUUGUGUGCAACACUCUGCAAGAACACACAAAAA